AAAAAAACGCCAUUCUUCCUCUUCGCUCGUCCCGGAUUUACCAAAUCCUCCUAUUCGAUUCACAGGAGUAAAUCCCGAAUUUAUGGCGCAUCAUUUUAAGAUUUACGGGAGCUCAGGAUUUACGGAGGCGGUUUUUGCCAUUUGGCAGGAUUUAGUCUAAAUCCUGGUAAAACCUGCUGCCAUAGAUUGAAUCCUGUUUAAAUCCUGCCGCAAACAGUCUCCGGGGUUUUCUGUUCCUUCAUCUCUUGACAAGCAUGGCGCUUGAGGAGCUCACUCUGGCAUCUGUACGCACGGAAGUUGAACAACAUGGAAAUUAUGAAGUGGACGAGGAAUAUGACGAAGAAGAAGAUUCCUGGUCAUCGGAGUCGGAGGUGGGCGAUGUGCUGGAUUGGCUAGAUUCAAAAGAGGGCACCGAGUGUCACAGCAUAGGGGGCGCAUCCUUCUCCGUCUCAGUGGCCCGGCGCCCUAAUGCCCGAGAUGGCCUUCUCCCUCGCCCGCUGCAACCUCUUUUCAAUCGCAGUCAGAAGUUCGCUUCUCACAUCCGAGGAAUGGGAGGGUAGAAUGAAUGUGGGCAUGUCAAAUGCAGUAGCAACUGCUACCCGAGACACUGUACGAGACCUUUGAGAUUUUGGGCUGCUAGUGGCUGCUUUUCUAGAGAGCUAAUGAGAAUCUUCCCAGCCUUAGGGGUGUCUCCCAUGGUUCUCAUUGGGGAAGAUUCCCAAGGCUUCUGUCUUUGUGAGUAUUGGAGAGUUUGAGAUGAGAGGUUGAGUGCGAUUGUAUGAGAAGAGAACAUCAAAUAACUUGUAUUGAAAAGAGAGGAUCAUAGUGUAUUAUCUGGACCAAUUA